AUGGAUCAACAGGCCCCAAAAAGAUUCUCAAAACAACAAGCAGCGAGCUCGACUUCCACCGCCGCCGCCGCCGCCGCGCCGAGCUCAAGACACACGAGGGUCGUAUUGACUCAUUAUUCGUACGUCGGUCAUGUGUAUUUGUACAUUAAUGUAGAUGGACAAGGCUUCGAUCCUCGGCGAUGCGAUCAACGAAACAGGUGUCCGGUCUCGGAUCACGACGCUUCUUCUUGCGAGGUGGCCGGCUUCGAUGAUGAGCACAGCAACGGUUUUGAGGUCCAGGCAAAGCUAUCGGAUAAUACCCUUCUGUUGAAGAUUCAUUGCAAGAAGAGCAAAGGAUUGCUGGUGAAGAUGCUGGCAGAGAUUGAGACCCUGAAGCUCUCUGUUUUGAAUACUAGCUGCAUUCCCUUUGUCGGAUCUGCUUUGGAUAUCACUGUGGUGGCUCAGGUUGAAGAAGGGUUUUCUUUGACGGUGAAGGAGCUUGCGGAGAAGCUAAAUGCAGCAUUUAGGCAGUUUAUGUGAAGGAUUUGAUGACUAGGGAGUUCUUGUUUGUUUGUUUGUGAUGAGGGGGUUUGUGAUGAGGGAGUUCUUCUUUCCUAUUUUCUCAUUUCGAAAGAUCACCAUUUCAUGGCUUUGGUUUUCCUAUUCCUCCCUUUUCAUGGUCUCUCAUUUUUCUUCUCAUCAUCCCCAAUCCUUUUUUUUUGCGUGGUUCAUGACUUCAUUAACCAUGCUCGUGAUUGGAGAGAGAGGAUUGCAAGUUCAACUUUCUUAUGGGCUUAUUGCUUAUUUUGCCGUUUCCUUUAUCGUGGGAGCAUGGAUUUGUUCGACAUCUCUCCUUUUCCUUGACUUUUGAGGACAGAAUUGGUGAUCCUUUUUGCAUUGGGUAGGAAAAAGUCUUUUUGUUCAAGAGCUUGUCCCUCCUCAUUUCUUUUUUGCACUUUUUUUAAGGGGUGUCAUGAAUAAGUGCUACUUGUGUCCCUUUUAAUAAGUUGUGGAUGUUUUCUUGAUGUA